AUGACUGUUACAUACUGCCUGGAAUUUCUGUUUUUCAGGCAGCUGUGUCUGAGACGCUGGUCCUCCUGCAAAGCCUCUGAGGUGGUCCUGGGCACACAGACAUGGAAACAGUACUCUCUCUGCAGGUCUGAGCUGGAGUUCCGAAUGGAAUCUGGGCGGCCAGGGAAGGACUUCAUCUGCAGAGCCAUUGCUGGGCACGCAGGACAGAUAGAGGAGCUGGCUUACGUCUCAACUAGUGAGUACCGGUUUGACAGGAGGGAGAAGCCUGUGGUUUGCACGGUGUCCUCAGACUGCACUGUGCACACCUGGGAUUUGCAUGAGGGCACAGAGAUCUGGUCAAGCCCUCUACAGCCUGCUGCUCUGGUGAACUUGGUGACUUACCCUCGGCUGCAGCUGAUUGUCACCAUGGACAAGCGGGGAUUGAUCAAAGUGUGGAAAACAGAGAAUGGGUGGGAGGGGGCCUCCUUCUGCCUGCCGACAUUCUCAUCUGCGAUGGAGGCCUGUGACCAUCCAGAGGGCCCCUUCCUGCUGGUGGCCUGUGUUGAAGGGACCCUCUACACACUGACAGUGCCUCAGCUGCAGGUGGUCUCCAAGGUGUCUGUGUUUCCCAACAACUCCAUGACCCUCAUCUGCUCUCCUGGCCGAGAGUGGGUGUUUGUCUCUACACAGAAUUCAGACCUGGGCUCAAAGGUGUUCUACACUCACUCCUUGCUGCACCCAUUGGAAGACGAGCCUCCUGUCUCCACCACCCUCCCCGUCUGGCUGAGUUCCAGAGCCUGCUGGGCCCCUGACGAGGUGGCCAGGCUGAUUGUGAUGCACAGAAAUGACAAUGGCAUGCAGCUGAUUGUCACUACCUAUGAGUUAGGGGCCAAGAAGUCCAGGGAUAGAGUGAACAUUCUGGUGCAACAGAUCGCCAGUUUCCUCUUCCCAGACACCAUGGUGCCUCCCCACCUCAUGAAGGGCCAUGGCUCAGAGGUGAUCCUGCUGGUCUCUGGCUUGACGCUGGUGCUGUUCACCAUUCAUGGCUUGAAGCUGGCUGCCUUCCAAGACCACCAGAAGCCCAUCACAUCCAUAUGGGUGGGCCCAAACCAAGUCAUCACCUCUUCCCUUGACUUCUCUUUGCGAGUCUAUGUGUGGAACAAAGAAAAGAAAUAUCGCAUCCUCAAGAGCUGCUAUCAUUUGCUUGGGGGAUCCCACAGAUGGGCCAGUAAAUUUACCCACGUGGAAAGUGACGGCAUGAGCAUUGUAGGUGUGGAAACCAAUAACAUGGAGAGAAGUAGUCUGAGGUCAUACUGCUUCAAGGUGCAGCACGUCUCAAAGGGUGGUACCAAGUGAAAAAGGUCUCACUUUGAACACAUGCAGAGACUGGAAUGAUGUUACCAGCAUGGGGACAGGAAUUAGUAAUUCUUGGGUGCCUACUGUGUGCCAAGCACUGUGCUGGGUGACUUUACUUUUAAAACCUCACAAGUCAACAAAAUGGGUAUGAUUGUCUCUGUUUUGCAGACAAGGAAAAUGAAAUUUAAAAAGACAGUAAUUGAAAGAGAUAGACCCCAAUACUGUAAUAGUA